AUGAGUAACCCAGACGAGGUGCUGCUGGAAUUGAUGGAUGUUUAUCAACCUCACUUGAAAUCCUACAGCCAUAGAAUGAAUACAUGGAAAGAAGUUUUAAUAAAAUUCAACCUGAAAACUGGGGCUAGUUAUAAGCAAAUCCGUACUCUGAAGAGUCGCUUUGACAAAUUGCGUGACAUGUUAAUUAGAGAUGAGAAUUUGCCCAUAGGAGACGAAUCUCUGCUGCGAAAACUGGCCGAGGAGAGUAGCAGAGGCACCAAUGACGUAGCGGUAUGCAGAACGACGCCUAGAAAAGUUCAAAAACCUAAGAAUUACGUCUCAUCUAUUCCAAUCUUGAACUGGGCCUCCCAUGAAACUACCGAAGCUCUUGAGCCCCUGCCAGAAAGAAAUGGCACUCAGCCACCACCUCUAGAUUCAAUUACAGUAUUUCCCCACACGCAAAUGAAACUUUUACAAGAACAAAGUCAAAAACCGACAAAUACCACGCCUGUGGAAAAUCGACGACCGUCGGUAGCGUCUUCAAAUGGUUCACUGAAUUCAAACGCUUCUAUUAGUGCUGCCUCAGGUACACGUAACAACGCUGAUGAUUUGAUACAAAAACAGCUCAUACUGAAAAUGAUCAGCAAAUUACAAACUGAUUUAAAGAAGAAUUCGGAAGUGCCUGGCAAUUUGGAACAAUCUCACACUGAAUCAUUGGUAAUUAUACGCAAUGAGUUGCAACUACUACGACAAGAGCAGCAGGAAUUUCAAGCAAAUGUCACAACUAAACUAAAUGAGCUUUUCACGCUUUUUCAACAUCUUUUCUCACAAAAACAGCACGACAUAUCAGCACCUUUUGAAUAG